AUGCGGACGGCCAGGCUCUCCCGCUGUCUUUUUGACAGUGUGUGCAAUUUAACCGGCAGGAUUUCACUCCGCUCCCUUGUCUAUUUCCUCUUCUCAGGCUUUCUCUUGGCAGCGACACUGCUCCUCGGGACCAGAGCUGUCCCUCUCCCGGAUUCCUCCGGUGAAGAGGAACUUGUUGAUCCCUCGGACUUACUUGCCAGAAGCCCCUCGCUGCCCGAUUGCGAGUCCCUGGCGUGGCUGCUGCACAGCCAAGCGGUCAAGCUGAAGGAUGAGAUGUGUGAGAAAUUUACUGUGUGUGACAACAGUAUGGAGAUGCUUGCCCAAAACAAUCUGAACCUCCCCAAGAUCACAGAGGAAGAUGGAUGUCUACUCUCUGGAUUCAAUGAGGAAAAAUGCUUGAGCGGAAUCUCCAGUGGACUUUUUACAUUUCAGACAUACCUGGAAUAUGUUCGAGAAACAUUUAUUAGUGAAAAGCAAAAAGUGGAAUCCAUAUGUUAUGGUACAAAGCAUCUGGCAAAUACUGUGAGGCAGAUGGUGAAAAAUCCUGAUGCAGUGAUCAUGCCAGACCCAGCUACCCAGAGCACACUUUUUGCAAAACUGAAGUCAAAUAAAAAAUGGAUAGAGAAAAUCAGCACCCAUCUCAUCCUCCGGGACUUUACUUCAUUCAUGGAGAAAACUGUGAGGGCUGUUCGAUAUCUGAAAAACUCCAGGAAUCUCAGUGUUUGAAUGUUUUAAUUCAGGCACAUUCCUUCAUCACAAAAUCUGUCAUGUGGCAGAUGACAAUGUUGUUCUAUUUUAAGAACCAGAAGUAAUCAGAAUAGUUUAUAUUUUAUUAAGAUUUCCUUUUACAAAUGUAUUUAUUGUUUUUUAAAAUAUUUAUUUUUAAAAAAAUAUUGCCUAUUUAUUUCCCCAGGAUUUAGAGAUAAUUUAAACGGUCUAGUUUAUUUCAAUAUUUACUACCACAACCAGUAUUUAUUACCACUGUUUACAAUACAAGCUGAUUUCAUUUAAUAUUCAGGAAAAAAAAUUCACUUGAGAUGGCUGUAUGUUGUAUGUAAAAUGAAAAGAGUAAUUUGUGCUUUGAAAAUGUGUGAGAGAGUAUUUAACAUCUAUUUAUAUUUAAAGAAAAAUAAAAGCAGAUUAAAAAACAGACUAGCUUGUAUGUAUUUAAA